AUGGAAAUACAAGGAAAUGGAAGAAAAGCGGCGUCGGCGGCCGAACACAAAUGCUCUAGCAAAUAUGCGUGGAAUCCUCCGGUAAUUAGUGAGGUUUUAGGUGAGUCCGAGGCUCCGUUGGGAGCCGAAACGGUGAGUCGAACGGCGGAGCACGAAAGUCAACAGGUCGAGUGACCAGGUCUCGUGGACAACCAUUGUCUUUCCCUUGCAAAAAACGGCUGACUGUUCUGCGAGAACAACUAAUUGCCUCGAGCACCCAGACGACCGAGUUAAGCGGCCCAUUUCGAGGGUUUUUCCAACUUUGAGAGUCUUUGCUACACGGACAACAGUCUUUGUCCUGAGCUGCGGAUUACAACAUUUUUUAUCUUUUUGUAUUUGAUUAACCCCUCAUUUUGAGCUUGGUUCGAAGUUCGACGACGGCAAAAUAAUGCAGUUCAUGCUUAAAUUGAAAGCGAAAGUUAAUUUAAUCACAACGCGAACGGUAUUUUGAUAAGAGCGUGAAGAAAAUGAAUUAGAUUCCUCAGUCAAAGUUUCAAAAAAACAGAUGAGAUAGGUAGAAUUUAGUAUCACUUCGUGACGACAUGAAAAACAUAAUAAGUUGUCAAAAGAUAGAAAAAAUAAUUGUUAUUGAUAACUCUUGCUGAGUGAAUUGUUUUCAGAUCAAAAACUAGCUUAACUACUUCGAAAAAAUAUUUGAAGAAAUGAAAACUACCAAAGAUUUCCAGAUUGAAGACUCAGAGUAAGUAAAGAAGAGAAGAAACAAAAUUAGUGAAAAAAAGUAUGCGCAGUCCGAUGAAAAAAAUAAGUUUCAAACAAAACCCUGUUUAGGAGAAAAAAGUUUCAGUAGUCUUUUUUAAAAGAAACCCCUUAUUUAAAUAAUACUGAAACUGCUGUGGGAAAAAGUUGACUAGAAGAUAGAGCCAGAAAUAGAACCUUCUCCGUCCGAAGGUUUUAUAAGCAAAAAAAAAAAGACUUUGGCGGUCCCUAUUUAUAUGAAUAUGAAAGAGGAUCUCGGUUUGGAAGGAUGAAAAAAAUUACCAAAGGAAAAAAAGGAGAAAGGAAAAAAACGAACACAUUCAAGAGUCUUUCAAAAUGGCAACAAGAAGUAGCCGAAAUAAAUUUAGGUUCAAAUAAAAAAUUGUAUUAAGUUAGAACGACAAAAAUUUUUGGCGAGAAAAGCCAAAAUAAUCAUAAACAAAGGGUGAAACCGGAUAUUUUUAAAGUGAACUUUCUGAGUUGAAAUUCAAGCAAUGGUCAAAAUUGGAAUUUUGUUAAUUAGAUGAAAACCCUAAAAGCCUCUUCCCGACCAACUUUUUAUUUUUUCCGAACGAAAGCUUGAAGGUUCUAGUUUCUUGCGCAGUGUUCAGAAAAGCGACUUUUUAGGCGUCCCUUCUUGACAAAUAGGAAGUAGUGCGGGUUUAGACUCUCUGGACAUUUCAUUGUAUGCCAAAGAGUGGUAUGGCCAGACUCCAGAAUCAUCAAACCUCGACGUGAGUUCACGUCCUAUCGGUUUGAAGAACAAAAUGAAGCGCACAAGAAGACGAAAGUGUUAGACAUUGUUCAUGUGACAGAAGGCGGACUAUAUGUUACAGAGCGUAUCGGAGGAAAAGCCUAGUCAAGGACAAAACAAAAGACGCCAUUGGGCAAUUGGAACGUCGACCGGACGUCAGUUGUUUGAGCGUCGUGACAUUCGUUCUGCGGAUCAGCCCGAUUAGGCGCGGCAGCACCCGCGGCUGCCGGACUCCCUCCAGCCGUGUUCCACUGUUUGCACGCUUGAUAUCCGACGCUUUUUUCGUUGUUAAGCAGUGCGGCUGUUUUGGACAAUGGGAGAUUGUUCCAAAAUAG